AUUUUUUGAUGAUCAGAUUUUUAAGUAAAUAUGGUGCAUCUUAAUAAAAAAUGGUCACAUUCUUUUUUAAAAAUAAAGAUAAUUCCUUAACAAAAGUAACAACACCUAUUGGAUAAAAUUUAUUAUAAAUUGCACAUAAAAAUGAGAUUGAUUUAGAAGGUGCAUGUGAAUAAUCACUAGCAUGUUCUACUUGUCAUGUAAUAUUACCAAGUAAUAUAUAUUUUAUUGAUAUAGAAUAAUUAUAUGAUAAAGUGCCUUAACCUGUACCUGAAGAAGAAGAUCUAUUAGAUCUUGCUUAUGGAUUGACAGAAACCUCUAGAUUAGGAUGUUAAGUGAAGGUUGAUGAGAAAUUUGAAAAUGUUGUAAUAUCAUUACCAAAAGCUACAAGGAAUUUCUAUGUUGAUGGUCAUAAACCAAAACCUCAUUGA